AUGUAACCAGUUGCCAUAGAGGUUCAGUAUCUCUGCAGUAGCUUUCAUGUAGAGUCUCUAAGAUAGAAGAAUAUUUGAAGGAUUAUUAGAAUGUUAAUUAAUAAUAAUACAUUAGUAAUGUUAUAUAAUUAGGUAUAUAGUAGACAAAAUAAACGUCGAUGAAACAUAAUGUAAUGAGGAAGUGUGCGUGUUAAUUCAAGUUAUGUGAACUAUCAAGUAACCUAUCAAAUUAUUGUUUCUUGUGGAUUAUGUUACACAUUUAACGAGAUCAAAAUAUAGUGUUUACUAUAAUAUAGUACAAGAAACACAAGAUGCAGCACAAUAUACCAAUAACUCCAAUCCAAUUGGAUUCCUCAAGUGCUAUAAAAAUCACAAUGGGUGGCUCAAUGUUUCAAGAAAGGUCAUUAAUGGGACGACCUGAUGUGUGGCAUAAGAUACAAAUUCUACGGGGUGCAAAGUAUGACAAGGAGUACAUUUUGAAACUUAUAUUAAAUACUGUGGAACCAGCAGAUUUGAUACCUGUGGCGUAUCAAGUUAGUGGAGAAGAUACUUACUUUAUUGCACGUAAUUGUGGCCCUGCCUUAGAUAAGCUGUGUAGAUGUAAUUUAAUUAUAAAUGAUCCAUAUGGAGAUCCUUUGGUGCUCACAAUAGUUCUAGCAUUUGCAUCGAUUCAUGAUGUCAAAGUUAACAUGCAAUCAUUAGUACUUGCUGCAUUGAACAAGAGAUACGAUUCAAAGAAGAAAAGGUUACAUUUGGAUCGUUUCCACAAUGACAAGAAUUUAUCUAAAACGGUAUAUUGUCCACUAUCUCAGUUACGGACAUUCUGUUAUGUACUUAAGGUAGCAAAGAAUGCACUGUCUACAUUUGAACAUUUAAACCUGCAACAGAACGAGCUCUUCAGUUUAACAGCUAUCGAAAGUUCAAAUCUGACUUUUUUAAAAUCGUUGGAUCUGCGAUACAACAAUCUAUUGGAAAUGGACGCAUUAACACCUCUGAGGAGUCUCACAAUAACAGAGCUCUGGUUGGAUGGGAAUCCACUGUGCGAGAAUUACUCGAGUCCUAUCCAGUACAUAGAAUCUGCCAGAAAGUAUUGUCCACAAAUGUCAAAAUUAGAUGGCGUAUCCACAGGAGCACCAGGAAUGCCACUGACGUACAACAGUUAUUUUAUAAAUUGGAAAAUGAGAAAUCUUGUCAACCAAUUUAUUAAACACUUCUUCAAACUUUAUGAUCAAGAAGACAGAGCUGUUCUUCAAGGGCUGUAUCACAAGGAUGCUCUUUAUUCAAUGACACUAGGAGUUGCCUCAACAGUGGCUAGCAAAAGUAAUAUGAGCCAAUUCAUAUCACAUAAUAGGAAUCUAUUGAAACUAACAGAUUUUGCUAAGAGUAAUCAACUACUCUUUCGAGGACCUGAUAAAAUUCUUGAAGCCUUGAGGAAACUUCCGCGAUCACAACAUGACAAAGCGUCUUUUCGUUACGAUUUGAUAUACGACAAUGAACUAUACCUAGUAGUAAUAGUUGAAGGCGUAUUUAAAGAAGAUAAUGUGAAUUCUCGAGUGUUUUCAUUCAAUAGAACAUUCGUAUUGAUGGAGGGGGGUGAUUAUGAAUAUAAUAUCGUUAAUGAUCAAUACCAUGUUGAUCAAACACUGACGCAAGAGUUUAGUGAAAUUUCUGAACAAAAUAGUGACAAUGAAUAUGAAGUAACAUGUUUCAGUCCUAAGGAACGAGAUAAAAUGAUUGAAACUUUGCAUAGUGUCACUACAAUGAAUAAGGAUUGGUGUCGUAAAUUUUUGGAAGAAACUUCUUGGGAUAUAAAGAAGUCUAUUACUGAUUUCAUGGAUCGAUAUCGAUUAUCUGCCAUACCUGUUGAAGCUUUCUGGAAAUAAUUUUGAAACAGCCGGAAAGAACAGUGAUUAUAAACAGUAAUUCUUGUAAGAGUACAAAUUAUAAUUCAUUAUUAUAUCGAGCAUGCAAGUUUAGAAAUUACAAAUAAUGUUUAUUAUAGUAUUAUUUCUAUAAUUUCUUACGAAAAUAAAGUAUCAUAGAAGCUUUACCGAA